AUGAGUGAGGCGGAGGGGCAGUUCUACAGCGUUCAGGUGGGAGACUCCACCUUCACUGUACUCAAGCGCUACCAGCAGCUCCGCGCCAUCGGCUCGGGGGCCCAGGGCAUCGUCUGCUCUGCUCUAGAUACAGUCCUCGGUAUCCCAGUGGCAGUGAAAAAGCUGUGUCGGCCCUUCCAGAACCAGACCCAUGCUAAGCGUGCUUACAGGGAGCUGGUGCUGCUCAAAUGUGUCAACCACAAAAAUAUCAUCCGUCUGAUCAAUGUUUUCACGCCUCAGAAGUCGCUGGAGGAAUUCCAGGACCUGUAUCUGGUGAUGGAGUUGAUGGAUGCCAGCCUUUGCCAGGUGAUCCACAUGGACCUGGACCAUGAGAGGAUGUCCUAUCUGCUCUACCAGAUCCUCUGUGGCAUCAGGCACCUGCACUCUGCUGGCAUUAUCCACAGGGACCUGAAGCCCAGUAACAUUGUGGUGAAGUCAGAUUGCACUCUAAAGAUCUUGGACUUUGGUCUGGCUAGGACAGCUUGCACUAACUUCAUGAUGACCCCCUAUGUGGUGACCAGAUACUACCGUGCCCCAGAGGUCAUACUGGGCAUGAAGUACAAGGAGAAUGUGGACAUCUGGUCCGUGGGGUGUAUCAUGGGAGAGAUGGUAAAAGGCAGCGUCAUCUUCCAGGGAACCGACCACAUCGACCAGUGGAAUAAGGUGAUUGAGGUUCUGGGCACGCCCAGUCUGGAGUUUAUGAACCGACUAAUGGAGACCGUGAGGAACUAUGUGAUGAACAAGCCGCAGUAUCCUGGCGUCAGCUUCGCAGAGCUUUUCCCUGACUGGGCCUUUCCUUCUGACUCAGAACAUGACAAACUGAAGACCGGUCAAGCACGAGACUUGCUGUCCAAAAUGCUGGUCAUUGAUCCCGAAUGCCGCAUCUCUGUAGAAGAAGCCCUAAAUCACCCGUACAUCCAUGUGUGGUACGACCCUGGAGAGGCCGAUGCGCCUCCUCCCCAGAUUUCGGAUAAGCAGCUGGAAGAGAGAGAGCACACCAUUGAGCAAUGGAAAGAGCUCAUUUAUGAAGAGGUGAUCGACUGGGAGGAAAGGAACAAGAAUGGACUGAUGAAAGAAGACUGCUCAGAUGUGGUGUCAGGUUCAGCCUCUCAGUCCUCAUCAGCCAACGACAUCUCGUCCAUGUCCACAGAGCAAACGUUGGCCUCGGACACAGACAGCAGCAGCAUUGACACACUGACGGGGCCACUGGAUGAGAAGAUGUCCUGCGUGAUUGCAAUGACCACAAUAUAAUCACCUGGCCAACAUCAUUUGCCCCUAAGUAACUAAUAAAGUGGACAUCAGUGAUUCAUUUUCUUUCA